AGCAGGACACAAACCUACACCACAAUGGAGAUACUCAAACCGCAUAGAUCCUGAUCCAGGCAUCUUUAUCUGUAUUUAUACCGAUCACAUUAUGUUACCUUCAACACCUACCAGGGGGAAGUUUACAAAGCCCACAGUAUGAUCAUAACCAGUGAUUAACAAGUAAUCAUUCAAACCAACACUCUUUCCCGCCUUACAACACCAAAAAUUCUGAUGAACAUUCUAAAUUCAAUCAACCUCAAACCUUUACCUGCAAAACCUCUUUUGAACUCUCUUCGUUCUUCACUUCACACACGCUCUCUCUCUCCUCACCGAGAAAAACCCAUCAACUGGAACACAACCCACACUUUUGUUCUCCAAAGCCCACUUCUUUCUUUGCUAGAAAACUGCAAAUCUCUUUCCCAGUUGAAGCAAAUCCAAGCCCAAAUGACCGUCUCUGGCUUAAUCUCUGAUAGGAUUGCUUUAAGUCGCCUUGUUGCCUUCUCUGCGAUCUCAGAGUCAAAGAAUCUCGAUUAUUGCUCUAAGAUUAUGUUCAAUACACAAAAUCCUAAUUCGUUUUCUUGGAAUGUAGCAAUCAGAGGGUGCGUGGAGAGUGAAACGAUGAGAAAAGGUGUUAUUCUGUAUAAGAAAAUGUUGAGAAAUGGUGGGUCUAGACCUGAUAAUUAUACUUACCCUUUGUUAUUUAAGGCCUGUGCUAGUUUAGGGUUUAAAUUCUUGGGUCUUCAGAUUUUGGGGCAUGUUUUGAAGAUGGGUUUUGAUGUUGAUGUCUAUGUGCAUAAUGCUUUGAUUCAUAUGUUGGUGUCUUGUGGAGAGCUGGGGUUGGCACGUAAGGUAUUUGAUGAAGGUUGCGUAAGAGAUUUAGUUUCUUGGAAUUCUUUGAUUAAUGGGUAUGUUAGGAGUGGAUUUUUGUGUGAAGCAAUAAGGCUUUUUCGAGAAAUGGAAUGCGAGGGGGUUAAGCCGGAUGAGGUGACGAUGAUUGGAGUGGUUUCUUCAUGUGCUCAAUUGGAGGAUUUGAAUCUUGGGAAAGAAUUUCAUAAAUGUAUUGAGGAAAGUGGGUUGAGUUUAACCGUUCCGCUUGCUAAUGCUGUUAUGGAUAUGUAUGUGAAGUGCGGGAAAUUAGAGGCAGCUGAAGCAAUAUUUGAUAAUAUGACGAAGAAAACGAUUGUGUCAUGGACUACUAUGAUUGUGGGAUAUGCCAAAUUUGGAUUUUUGGAUGUGGCUAGGAAGAUUUUUUAUGACAUGCCACAGAAGGAUACUGUACCAUGGAAUGCCAUAAUUGGAGGCUAUGUUCAGGCCAAGCGUGGCAAGGAGGCUUUGGCUUUUUUUCAUGAAAUGCAAGCUAGCAAUGUAAAACCUGAUGAGGUGACAAUGGUUCAUUGCCUAUCUGCUUGCUCGCAGCUUGGCGCACUUGAUGUUGGAAUAUGGAUUCACCAUUUUAUUAAAAAACAAAAUUUUUAUUUGAACGUUGCAUUAGGAACUGCGUUAGUUGACAUGUAUGCAAAGUGUGGGAAUAUAUCAAAGGCUCUCCAGGUUUUUCAUGAGAUGCCAGAAAGAAAUUCUUUGACUUGGACAGCCAUUAUUGGAGGUUUAGCCCUUCAUGGGAAUGCAAAUGAUGCCAUAUCUUACUUCUCGGGGAUGAUUGAUGUUGGCUUGAUGCCAGAUGAGAUAACCUUUCUUGGGGUUUUAUCAGCUUGUUGUCAUGGGGGUUUGGUUGCCGAGGGUCGUAAGUUUUUCACCCAAAUGAAAUCCAAGUUCAACCUGUGCCCUCAGCUUAAACACUACUCUUGCAUGGUGGAUCUUUUAGGUAGAGCUGGACUAUUAGAAGAAGCUGAGCAGCUUAUCAGAAGCAUGCCAAUGAAAGCAGAUGCUGUGGUGUGGGGUGCAUUAUUUUUUUCCUGUCGAAUGCAUGGAAAUGUUUUGCUGGGGCAAACAGCAGCUUCAAAGCUUCUUGAGUUGGAUCCUCAUGAUAGUGGAAUUUAUGUCUUGCUUGCUAACAUGUAUGGGGAUGCCAAUAUGUGGGAGGAGGCUGGGAAAGUACGUAAAAUGAUGAAAGAGAGACAUGUAGAGAAGACUCCUGGUUGUAGCUCAAUAGAGGUUAAUGGCAUUGUCUAUGAGUUUAUUGUUAGAGAUAAGUCUCACCCUGAAUCUGAACAUAUUUAUGACUGUUUACUUCAGCUUACAAAACAAUUGGAGUCUGUUGGAUUAGAUGUUCCUGCCUAUGGAGAUGACUUUCUCUUGGGCUUUGAGCUUGAAAAUCAAUGGUCUACAAUGCAUCAAAUAAACUCGAUGCAUACCUGCAACAUCCCUUAACACAGUCUUGCCAAGAAUAAUAUCAUCUGUCACUUAACUCCAUUUCCUGUGUGCGAAGCUCCCCAGUAAAGUCAUUUCAAACCUGGCCAGCUUUGCAAUUGAUCUGUUAUGGUUGGACUAUCAGCUCCUGUCAAAGUUGGUUACUUCAAUUUUGAUCUUAAACCUUGUUGCGGCCCAAGGGGAGAUUUGUAAAUCUUGCUCAUAACAUAAUCAACAUGAAGACGUUAAUCCUGGUGAAGGGAAACAGAGCAACAUGGUGCCAUUCUCAUGCUGGCCUUAUCACUUGACAAGAUUGGCCAAUCUAAAAAAAGGUCAAGAUCUCUGGCAAGGAGCUGGAAAUGGUUUUAUUUCAGAACUUAAAAAAUCAGAGUUGUCAAUUGUGUUGUUUCCAUUCCUUAAUCUAAAAUUUUCUUACUAAGCUGGGAUUCAUCUGGCAGAUGGAAGGCUGUCUAGAAGAGUUUGAGGAGACAAUUAGACAGCUUGUUUGCUGUCUUUGAAAAUAUCCCAGUCAAUGUCUCUUUGCUGAUCAGCUUGACCGCAUUCAAUGUUUCACACGUAAACACUUAUCCUAUUUUGCAGCGUUCUGCUAGAAUGUGAAAAUAUCUCAGUCAGGUGUUGAUUCACACAACAUGACUCCAAAGUUCUAGACGUGUUCAAUAAACGAGACACACUUUGGAAUGUGCAGUCCAAAACAGACAAUAUAUUACUUGCCAUCCACUUUUCCUGGAAAUGUUUGGGUAAGCUUCCUUUUUUAAACCAGGCCAGUAAGAUGACACUAUAAUCUACAAGUUGGUGGAUACUGUUCGAACAAGUUUGAAGCCUGACCCGGUAUUGUUAACUUCUCUUAUUUGUUUGUUUGAAAAAUGGAAUUGUGGGGGUUGGUUUAUCUUAAUUCAUAACAAAUGCAAAGUAUCCUGACUCUCCCCAUCUAGUAAUCAGAAGCAGUAGGUAACAAAAACUAAAGGAAGAAAGAAAUGCUGUAAGUUUUGGAUUAAGCUACUGCAGGAUUAGCCGCAAAACUGAGUGUACUUGUGGAAAAAGAAAAAGAAUAAGAAAUUGCAGAGACAAAAAGGAAUGUGGGGAGUGAUGAUUUGUCUUGGCUUGCACGCUAAAUUAUGUUUGAAAUGAUUGUCAUUGAGCAUUCUUCAUGUCCAUAUUCAUGGUUAUUGAUGGUGUGUGUGGCUUUGGCUUUGCUUCUUUGUAAAAUUGUCACCACAUCGCUGACAGGCUCUGGCCUUUUUCGAGUGAGAGCAGUGAUUGCUUCAGCCAUGGCGUUGGCACAUCAACAUCAUUUAUGGGGAUGCCGUAACAUUUUCUUACGUGGGUCUACUUUCUCUUCUGUAAUUUUAUUUAUAAUAAUGAUGACAGUCCCCUCUUCUUCAUUGUAUUUUGUUUGGAUUCUUUUUAUGAUUUUUGUCCUACAUGACUCAUUUUUUAUUGUGUUCAUAAUAUGCAUGAGAUUGGAAUCCUAAAACCCAUA